AUGCAAAAAGAAAGACAAGAUAUGUAUAUAUUAGGAACUCGUAGAAGUAUAUCAGUAGAAUUAGAAAUUAAAGAAGGAAAUGCCUUUGUAAAUUCAGAUUCUAUAGGCCAAACUUUAAAUUUCGAUUCGUUAACAUCUUGUAUUGAAUACUUAAGAGAAUUAGGUUUAACGAUUAAAAGAGCCACUCUUACUAAAUAUAUAAAAAAUGAAAAAGUGUUUCAUAAUUUCUUAUGUAAAUAUUCAGAUAAUAUUUUACCGGAUCAUUUUUCAGAAGUAGGAUUAAUCAUUGAUGAAUAUAAAAAAUUAAAAGUAGAUGCAGACUUAGAUACCUUAAAAGUGAAUAGAAAAAAUAAACCUAUUUUAGUAAAAGGUCCGGUCGCCACAGGUGGCUGGACCUGCUCUGCUGGAGAAAAUUUUGAGAAAGAAUUUGAAAAUAGAAAAGCUCUUUAUCUUCAUUUAAAAGACGGUAAAAAAUAUAAAAACUAUUCUUUUUCUCGUAAAUAA